AUGGUGGUUGAUCUGGUAAUUAAGCUGGUGAAUCAUGGGAUUUCUCCCGAAUUCAUGGACACUAUAGAGAGGCUGACAAAGGAACACUACAGAAAAUGCAUGGAACAAAGAUUUAAGGAAAUGGUGGCGAGUAAAGGACUGGAAGCUGUUCAAUCUCAAAUCAAUGAUUUAGACUGGGAAAGUACCUUCUUCGUCCGCCAUCGUCCUGUUUCGAACAUAGCAGAAGUCCCUGAUCUUGAAGACGAAUACAGGAAGACUAUGAAGGAAUUUGCAGCACAACUAGAGAAAUUGGCUGAAUUACAAAUGUAG